AUGCCGAGCCCACCUCCGGCCCCACCCGCGGCGGCUUCGGAUGAGAAGCGUCCCUCGCAGCCGUUGAAGAUGAAGCUGCUAUUUCCGUACGCCGUGAACUGCGUGUUCGGCGGCAUGGGCCGCGCCUGGGGCAUGGCUCUCGUCGGGCUCCACUUUUUGAUCUGUGUCGUCAGGGUCGUCUCCUUCACGACAGACCCAGAGGAGGCCCGCUUCUGGAUACCGAUCUUCCGCGUCUGGGUGUACCUCGGCUUGGCCGCGAUCGUGCUCAUGACGUGCGUGGACAUCGGUUACUACUUGUAUGGGUUGUACGCCUUGAAGUUCGAUCCGCCACAGCAGCUGCCGGCAGCGGCAGCAGCAGCGGUGCAGUUCCCGCCUCCACCUCCGGAGAUCGACAUGUGCUAG